CCAUUGCUCCCGUGCCGCGGAGCCGCCGCUSGUGUGGGGCGUGAGGCGGCAUGGAUCCCGGCGGCCGGUGGCGUGGCCUGCCCAGCGGGCCUAGCCUGAAGCAUCUCACCGACCCCUCUUACGGGGUCCCUCCGGAGCAGCAGAAGGCGGCGCUGCAGGAGCUGACGCGGGCGCACGUGGAGUCUUUCAACUACGCCGUGCGCGAGGGGCUCAGCCACGCGGUGCAGGAUAUACCUUCCUUUGACUUUGCUUUCAAAGAUGAGCGUAUCUCUCUUACUAUUGUGGAUGCUGUCAUCAGUCCACCCACAGUUCCAAAAGGGGCCAUCUGCAAAGAGCUCAAUGUUUAUCCAGCUGAAUGCCGGGGCCGAAGGAGUACCUACCGUGGGAAGCUGACAGCUGAUAUCAGCUGGGCAGUGAAUGGAAUCUCAAAAGGAAUCAUCAAGCAGUUUCUUGGCUAUGUUCCCAUCAUGGUGAAGUCCAAGCUUUGCAAUUUAUACAGCCUUCCUCCUCCAGCCCUCAUUGAGCACCACGAGGAGGCAGAGGAAAUGGGAGGCUAUUUUAUAAUCAAUGGCAUUGAAAAAGUCAUCCGAAUGUUAAUUAUGCCUCGGAGAAAUUUCCCCAUUGCAAUGGUAAGACCAAAGUGGAAAAGCAGAGGGCCUGGCUAUACCCAAUUUGGAGUUUCAAUGCACUGUGUGAAGGGAGAACAUUCUGCAGUCAAUAUGAACCUUCACUACCUGGAAAAUGGCACAGUUAUGUUGAACUUCAUUUACCGGAAAGAGCUGUUCUUUCUUCCUUUGGGAUUUGCACUUAAGGCACUUGUCAGCUUUUCUGAUUAUCAGAUUUUUCAAGAGCUCAUCAAAGGAAAAGAGGAUGACUCUUUCUUUAGGAACUCUGUGUCUCAGAUGUUGAGGAUAGUAAUGGAAGAGGGUUGUUCCACACAGAAACAGGUCCUUAACUACCUGGGGGAAUGCUUCAGAGUGAAACUCAGUCUUCCUGACUGGUACUCCAAUGAACAGGCGGCAGAGUUCUUGUUCAACCAGUGCAUCUGCAUCCACUUGAAAUCCAGUACUGAAAAGUUUUAUGUACUUUGUCUCAUGACCCGGAAGCUCUUUGCUUUAGCCAGAGGAGAGUGCAUGGAGGAGAAUCCUGAUAGUUUGGUGAAUCAAGAAGUCCUUACACCUGGCCAGCUGUUCCUUAUGUUUUUGAAGGAAAAAAUGGAAGCUUGGUUAGUGUCUAUUAAAAUAGCUUUAGAUAAGAAGGCUCAGAAGACUGAUGUGUCCAUAAACUCUGAAAAUUUGAUGAAGAUUUUCAGUAUGGGAACAGACCUUACAAGACCAUUUGAAUAUCUUCUUGCUACUGGGAAUCUGCGUUCGAAAACAGGUCUUGGCUUCCUGCAAGAUUCUGGACUUUGUGUUGUGGCUGACAAGCUGAACUUCAUACGCUAUCUCUCCCAUUUCCGCUGUGUGCACAGAGGGGCUGCUUUUGCCAAGAUGAGGACCACCACUGUACGUAGGCUGCUGCCAGAGUCCUGGGGCUUCCUUUGCCCUGUGCACACCCCAGAUGGGGCGCCCUGUGGUCUGAUGAACCACCUAACUGCCACGUGUGAGGUCGUCACGCAGCUUGUGUAUACAACAUCUCUUCCAACUCUGCUCUGCAGCUUAGGGGUCACUCCUGUUGAUGGAGCACCACAUCGACCCUACAGUGAGUGCUACCCUGUCCUGCUGGAUGGCCUCAUGGUGGGCUGGGUAGAUAAGGAUCUUGCUCCUGGCAUCGCAGAUUCUCUCCGACGAUUUAAGGUGUUGAGAGAAAAAAGAAUCCCCCCCUGGAUGGAGGUGGUCCUUGUCCCUAUGACAGGAAAGCCAAGUCUGUACCCAGGACUCUUGCUUUUUACCACUCCUUGCCGACUGGUACGGCCUGUGCAGAACUUGGAACUGGGCCAAGAAGAAUUGAUUGGCACGAUGGAACAGCUCUUCAUGAACAUCGCUAUCUUUGAGGAUGARGUUUUUGCUGGAGUCACCACACAUCAGGAGCUCUUCCCUCACAGCCUGCUCAGUGUCAUCGCCAACUUCAUCCCCUUCUCUGACCACAACCAGAGUCCACGGAACAUGUACCAGUGCCAGAUGGGUAAGCAGACUAUGGGCUUUCCCCUUCUCACUUACCAAGACCGAUCAGAUAAUAAACUGUACCGUCUUCAGACUCCACAGAGUCCUCUUGUAAGACCAUGCAUGUAUGAUUAUUAUGACAUGGAUAACUACCCAAUAGGGACAAAUGCCAUUGUUGCUGUGAUUUCAUACACUGGCUAUGACAUGGAAGAUGCCAUGAUUCUAAAUAAGGCUUCUUGGGAGCGAGGCUUUGCCCAUGGAAGUGUCUACAAGUCGGAGUUCAUAGACCUGUCUGAAAGGAUUAAACAGGGAGAUGAUAGUCUGGUGUUUGGGGUCAAACCUGGUGACCCCCGGACUCUACAGAAGUUGGAUGGCGAUGGACUGCCCUUCAUAGGGGCAGCACUGAAGUAUGGAGACCCAUAUUACGGCUACCUCAACCUCAACACCGGGGAGAGCUUUGUGGUGUUCUAUAAGAGUAAAGAAAAUUGCAUCGUGGAUAACAUCAAAGUGUGCAGCAAUGACACUGGGAAUGGGAAAUUCAAGUGUGUUUGCGUCACAAUGCGUGUCCCUCGGAACCCAACAAUCGGAGAUAAGUUCGCCAGUCGUCACGGGCAGAAGGGCAUUUUGAGCCGGUUGUGGCCAGCUGAAGACAUGCCUUUUACUGAGAGUGGGAUGGUGCCGGACAUUCUGUUCAACCCUCACGGCUUUCCAUCCCGCAUGACCAUCGGCAUGUUAAUUGAGAGUAUGGCUGGGAAAUCUGCCGCUUUGCAUGGCCUCUGCCACGAUGCGACACCCUUCACUUUUUCCGAGGAGAACUCUGCUUUGGAGUACUUCGGCGAGAUGUUAAAGGCUGCGGGCUACAACUUCUAUGGCACUGAGAGAUUGUAUAGUGGCAUCAGUGGGGUAGAACUGGAGGCAGACAUUUUCAUAGGCGUGGUUUAUUAUCAGCGCUUACGUCACAUGGUGUCUGACAAAUUUCAAGUUAGAACGACUGGAGCCAGGGACAAAGUCACCAACCAGCCUAUUGGGGGAAGAAACGUGCAGGGCGGAAUCCGUUUUGGGGAGAUGGAGCGGGAUGCUCUCUUGGCCCACGGCACAUCUUUUCUCCUCCAUGACCGCCUCUUCAACUGUUCUGACCGCUCGGUGGCCCACGUGUGUGUCAAGUGUGGCAGUUUACUUUCUCCUCUAUUGGAGAAGCCACCCCCUUCCUGGUCCGCCUUGCGCAACAGAAAAUACAACUGUGCUCUCUGUAACCGCAGUGACACCAUUGAUACUGUAUCUGUGCCUUACGUCUUUCGGUAUUUUGUAGCUGAACUGGCAGCUAUGAACAUCAAAGUGAAGCUGGAUGUCGUGUAACAGGCUGUUUUCUUUAGGACAGGAGGGUCAUCAGAUGAAAACAGAAUGUUUAGUUCAGUGAAGGGUGUUACCAGGUUUUCUCAAGAGUGUUAAUACUUUAAACCAAGAACAGGAACAAGAAUUUAAGGUUCCCAAGUCUCUGAUAUAAUUCCUGAAGUUGACUUUUAGUAUAUUUGUUUAAAAAUUCCACAUGUAUUAUUUAAAAAUGAUGUACUGGUAAUGAAGCUGUCAGGGGAAAGGGAUACAAAUGUAACACAGGCCAAUUAUAUGAUUUUUUUUUUUAUUCUUAGAGCCACAUGAAGUAAAAGCAACUUUAUUGAAGUAUCAAAGUAUAAUUAAUUGAUGUGCAAAAAACUACAUGUGUUGUCUAUCAACAAAAAAAUAAAUUUAAAAAGCGGGGGAGGGUGGCGGUGCUGGGGCUGGGGCUUAGCAGUAGCGCACU